AUGGAUACCGAGUUCAAGGAUCUGAAGCACUCGGAUUUUGUUGCGCUGAUGGCACGCAGCGAUCGCGAAGAAAUAAUUGUGGAAGAACAUCAGCAGAUACUGAACAAAGAAGUUGUAGGGUCAUUCGAAGCCAACAAUAGUAACCCUGGUUUGAACCAAUUCAUUCAUAAGAGGCCCCUACUCAGCGGACGUGCUACAACUUCUAUAGAAUGCUGUGGAUGGAGCACGUCCAGAUUGUCGUCAUGCUCUGCCAGAAGAAAGAAAACGGAAAAGAAAAAUGCUAUCCUUACUGGCAUGAGGAGUAGCAGCAAUCACUCAAGCUCCAAAAGUUCCAAGUAA